AUGCCCAUGCAUGACCAGGGUAUCAAUGCUGUUGAUGAUGACCUGCUUGUUUCUUUUGUUGGUGAACUCACUACUCCUCUUCCAGUUGUUAAGAAGAACCUCUUGCGAGUCAGUUUAUUUCUGGGAUGUGGUGAAGGUUACCACCUGUGUGCGUCUCUGCCCAAUGGUUAUUUGUUGUUGAAGAUACGUGUUCAACAUUUGAUUAAUGACAGGGGAAUUAUAUUUGAGAAGACUCCCUCUACAAGAAAUUUGUGUAUAGAUGUGUCAAUUAUUACCAUUUUCACCAAUCCUCCAAGGGCCUCCUCUAAAGUUCCUGUCAGGAUUACAUCCACUCCUAAGGUUUCUCCUUUAAUUAUCACCUCUCCUGGGCCAAUACCAUAUUCCUCUAACAAGGCUGCUCCUUGGAAUUAUGGAGCUGACAUUUACUACCAUGGCGUCAAGCAAGACCCAUUGGCUAUAAAAAAUGAAGCUACUGAAGAUACUAAUCCUAACAUUGACAAUAUUGUUGGGACCAGUAAAUCACCUGAAGCGGAAGGAUUUUCUCUCCUGAAAUCUCUCCAAAGAAUGUUGUCACUCCUAUUAAUACCCCUGUUGAUAAUUCUUGUUGCUACUCACAUUGUUACUCCUGUUGUUAUUCAUGCUACUGAGUCAACUGAGACUCGGCGCAAAGAAGUAUUGGUUAAGCCUGCCCGGACGAAGGCACCCAAAGAAGACAUUCUUGAAUCCUCCUAA